UCUAACGCCUGCGACGCUCGAGGUCUCUUAGUGUAUAUUCGGUUUCUCUCUCGCUUGUUCUCUCUCUGCCGGGGAAACGCUACAGGUGUGGCGGCUGCCACCUGGACUAAAGAAGCAGCGCAGGGCGAGUCCUCGGCACCAUGACGGACCGCUACACCAUCCACAGCCAGCUGGAGCACCUCCAGUCCAAAUACAUCGGCACGGGCCACGCAGACACCACCAAGUGGGAGUGGCUGGUGAACCAGCACCGCGACUCGUACUGCUCCUACAUGGGUCACUUCGACCUCCUCAACUACUUCGCCAUCGCGGAGAACGAGAGCAAAGCGCGCGUGCGCUUCAACCUGAUGGAGAAGAUGCUGCAGCCCUGCGGGCCCCCGGCCGACAAGCCCGAGGAGAACUGAGCCCCCGGCGCCCUCCGACCAUGCCCCCGACGCAGACGUCCGCCUGAAGGCCACGCCGUCCUGCCGCCCCCACGAUGCCUCAGCAGGGCCGCUCUGUCUGUUAAGAAGGGCCACGACACUGUGACUGUGGGGUGACCUCAGCGCUGACCAGUGCCCGGGCAGCGACUCUGGAGAUGGAGUUAACUUGGAAACGUGUUGGGAUUUUGGCGUUUGUUUUUCCUCUCCUCAUAAAGUUAACAAUCUUCUGAGCA